CGUAAUUGUUAUGCAAUCCUAUCUCAAUAUAAAGUCAAACAUUGCCUACCAUUCAAACCUAAGCCUAACAAAGUACACCGACCAACCAUUACACAGAUCUUCUCCAAACUUCUCAAAGGACUUCUUCUCUUUCCCUCGAACAAUCAACAAAUCCACCAUCUCUCUCCCUCAAAAAAUGAAUAAGUCCACAACGUAUUCAUCUCGUUCCAUAUGGAUUCAAGAUCAUCUAAUAUCAUUCGAAGCCGGAGAUCUGUUCAAGAUCCGCGGCCACUCCAGAGAUCUGUUCAAGAUCCACGGCCACUCAUCAGGGUUCACGGCAUGGGUUACGACGGUGGGUGCUUUUCGAACGGACCAGAGGGUGAUUCCCGGCGGCGCGAUUCUAGACGACGGCAUAAAGCGGCUGAGGGUCUCUACCAUGGUCGCCGGCAGCGUCGGUUCUAGGGUUUUCAGUUGUAGCACUUGUUGUGGAUAUGCCAAGGGCAAUCCCAAGAAGGCCAAUCCCAAGAAGCCCGAGAGCAACGGCCCUCCCUCUGAACCCUGGAUUUGUCUCUACGGAGAAGGGACCAAAAAGCCUUAUUGUCUGGGUUCGUGCAAGUUUUCUCACAAGGCUUUUUGGUCCCUUCUCCGUAGAGAAGAAUACGGAGAAAAAUCCAGAUGUCUGGGUUCGUGCAAGUUUUCUCACAAAGCUUUUGGUCCCUUCUCCGUAGAGACAAAUCCAGGAUUCAGAGGGAGGGCCGCUCUCGGGCUUCUUAGGAUUGGCCUUCUUGGGAUUGGUCUUGGCUCUUUGACAUACUCAAAGAGCCAAGACCAAUCCCAAGAAGCCAAGGCUAAUCCCAAGAAGGCCAAUCCUAAGAAGCGCGAGAGCGACGGCCCUCCCUCUGAAUCCUGGAUUUGUCUCUACGGAGAAGGGACCAAAAGCUUUGUGAGAAAACUUGCACGAACCCAGACAUCUGGAUUUUUCUCCGUAUUCUUCUCUACGGAGAAGGGACCAAAAAGCCUUGCUUUUUGGUCCUUCUCCGUAGAGACAAAAUCCAGGGUUGUCUGGGUUCGUGCAGGUUUUCUCACAAGGCUUUUUGGUCCCUUCUCCGUAGAGACAAAUCCAGGGUUCAGAGGGAGGGCCGUUGCUCUCGGGCUUCUUGGGAUUGCCCUUGGCAUAUCCACAACAAGUGNCUACAACUACUUUGAGAGCCACAAGAAACUGAUAGAGCAUGAGAAGGCUAGCAUGAGAAGGCCUGUUACCCUCGUUAGAGGAGGAGGAGAGAUGUUUAUGUCUCUAUGUUCUCUUGGGUUUGCGAAUGUUUGGCUGAUUAUCGUUAUGAGAAGUUCAAAUGAUAAAGAUGGAUGUUCGAAGGACAAAGUGGCACAAUCUGAUCCACCUGACAUUGAAUGGACAUUGAAUGGACUGAUAAAUUCAGAAUUCCCAGUGUACUGCCCAUGUAUCUGCAAGAUUAUAUCUCCAUUAAGUGCUUUAAUUCCUGCUGGUAUAGUUCUUAUGAAAGAGAAAAUUGGUUUCAAAUUUACCACCAGGGUACAAGCACUUAAUUUGGCUGAAUGGGACAGUGAUGAUAAGGUCACAUUUUUCAUGAGUGGAAUAAAAUACACUUUUCGUGAUUUCGAGAAAAUGGCGAAGAAGGUUUUUGCCCGUAGAUACUACAGUGCUGGAUGCCUUCCUGCUGCAUUCAUGGAAAAAGAAUUUUGCAAUGAAAUAUCUUGUGGAAAGACAAAGUGUUGUGAAUAUGCAUGCGACGUUGAUGGCAGAGCAUUUUCAUCCUCUCCAGAUGAUCCGCUUGGAAAAAGUAGAUGGAAUUUGGAGGCUAUAAUUGUGGUGAAGCCGUUAACAUUGCAUUUGGUGACUGGUUUCCCUUGGACAUUUACAGGAGCUGCGUAUGAAGGUUAUAUUCCUAAUUGCGAGAUGCCAUUUGGAUUAAAUGAGGAAAGCUCUCGAAGAUGGGAUCAGUUAAAACAUCGUCCAAGUACUCCUCCCUUGUGCAACGGCACUGAAACUUGUCAUGAUUUUGAACUUGGUUCAUCUUUGUUGGUGUCAGAUGAAGGUCCUCCCAUAAACAUUAAUAUUGGGGGAGACGACAAACAGUCACCGGCCUCACGUAAAGAAAAACAUAUUCCAAUUCACCGGCAGCAAUUCAAUCGACAACAGCAAUUUCAACAGCAAUCGCAAUCCCAGCCGCUUUUUCAACAGAAACCACCGACGCCAUACCAGCACCAGUCUUUGGCCUCUCACUUUCAUCUCCUCCAUAAUUUGGCCGAUGUGACUGAAAAUGGGAGGAGAGAUCAGCAAGAGGAUGUAUUGAUCUUCACGUAUGAAGAGAUGAAAUUGGCCACCAGGCACUUCAGACCGGAUCAGGUUCUUGUUGAUGGUGGCUUUGGUAUUGUCUAUAAAGGAGUUAUAGACGAUAAUGUGAGGUCAGGCUAUAAGUCAACCACAGUCGCUAUCAAGGAGCUCGAUUCCCAUAGUUUACAAGGGGACCGGGAAUGGCUGGUAAAGUUUUUUCAUGGUUAUAAGAGGAGAGGUCAAUUAUUUAGGUCAACUUAGACACACUAACUUGGUGAAGCUGAUUGACUAUUGCUGCUGAGGGGGACUAUAGGCUGUUGGUAUAUGAAUAUAUGGCAUCCGGGUUUUAAAUUUGGGGGAAUUGGGAUAGUUAUUUCGUGCUUAGUUUUGUCUGAAAUUUGCUGUCUCUGGAGAAGAAUUAGGGUGAUUUUUGUUACAUGGUAUAGCUAUAUAAUUGGUGCAUGAAUGGUGAUUCCUUGCCCAGUUUUCAGUAUAUUAUGUCAUGUUACUUAAUCCGUGUCGUUUUUGUAACAUGUUGAUGCUUGCUAGUGAAAUAAGUUCUCUAUACAUGUUUUUGAAUCUUUCUUUUCUCUUUGGAUGGACUUUUGAUACAUUGUUGAGAAAAAUCGAAUGACAUGACUGGAUUGGUUCAUAUCAAGCACAUCCCAUCGUGGGUGACUUUCAAAUU